AUGCCCUCUCGAGAACUAGCAGACGUCCUCAUCGAAAACUACCUACGUACUUUUGAGUCCAUCCACCGCAUCAUCCACAUCCCGACCUUCAAAGCGGACUACGAAAAGUACUGGCUGAACCCAUCCGAGGCGAGCGACUCCUUCAUCAUCACCAUGCAGCUAUGCAUGGGCAUCGGAGCCACUAUGCACGACGAGCGCUUCACCCUAAGAAACCUGGCCAUCCAGUGGUUCUGGGAGGCCAUGUUCUGGCUUAUUACGCCCUGUGAAAAGUCCAAGAUGACCAUCCCUGGGCUUCAAAUCCGUUGCUUGAUGCAUUACCUCCGUCACACGGCCAAUAUCGGCUGCGAUCUGACCUGGAUCGGCGCUGGUGCCCUCCUCAGAACGGCGAUGUACAUGGGACUGCACCGUGAUCCCAAGUCCAUCAUCAAGAUGUCUCCAUACCGCGCAGAGAUGCGCCGGAGGCUAUGGGUCACGAUCUUGGAGAUCACCUUGCAGACGAGCAUCGAUUCCGGUGGCCCGCCUCUCAUCUCACUAGACGACUUUGACACCGAAUUACCGGCAAACCUAGACGACGAGCAACUCGUCGAAGACGGCGAGUCCGCCUUUCCCGUGCCCAGAGAUCCGGGCACACACACACAGAUGACAGUCUCCCUGGCCGUAUUCGGAACAUUCGCAGCUCGUCUCGCUGUAGCAAAGCGCGUAAAUGAGUUUCGGUCAGACACAGUCUACGAAGAGACCCUUCGACAUAGCAACGAACUCAGCAAAUCCCUCCAGAGGAUGAUGCAGCAGCUCAAGGCACACCCGGCCGUCACCUCCUUCCAACUGCGCUACGUUCAGUUCCUGACAUAUCGGCUCUUCUUCGCCCUCCACCACCAGAUCGCUCCGCUGGCGCUGCGAAACCCGGUUUACUACUUCUCCCGUAAGAUGGUCGUCGACACGGCGUUGCGGCUGUGCGAGGUCGCCUUCUUGGCACCCGAUAAAUCUGGUACCGGCGCCGCGGUGAAGCCUGCGACCCCGUCUGAAGUGGACUUUCACCGUUUGACGAUCAACGGUGCCGGAUUUUACCGGUCUGUUCCCUUCCAGGGCGUCAUGACGCUGGGUCUGGAGCUUAUCAACAUCAAAGAGGAGGAACUGAGGAACGGCCACUCCAUGAUCUACAGCGGCUCUGAAGAUCAGCUGCGCGGCAUUCUUGACGCUGUCUAUCAGUGGUCGAGAGAUCGGAUUCAAUCCGGGGAGACAAACAUCAAGGGCCACGCGCUGAGUGUGCUCCUCAUUGCUCAUAUUCACGGCUUGGAGCAGGGUGUCAGCGACGACAAGAUUGAGGAAUUCUUCGAGGAAGCGUGUAAGGAGCGGGUCAAAGAGUGCCAUGAUUUGCUUACGGAGUUGGCAGGGGGCGAUGUAAUUGAGGAAGGAGUUAGUAUGCCCGAUGUACACGAUCUGGAUAUGGACUUUGAUGCCGGGGUUGACAUGCUUGGGGAUUGGGAUUGGGCAACAUCCGUGGACAAUAAUGGGUUCGGAUUCAGUAACAUCAUGAACUUCAACGCUAUGCCUGAGAUGUUCUCAUGA